AUGGCAGCGCGCUACCAGCCCGCAGCGGGUCCUUCGCGGCCGCCGCCGCCCCCACACAUCAUGACCUCGUUCCCAAACCCGGCCCUUGCCCAACAUCCUCAACACCCUCAGCAGCACCCACCUCAACUCCAGCACGGUGCACCUUACCAGCGCUCAGGCCACCCUGUCCAACCAUCAGGCCCAUCAGGAUGGACGUCGCCCACCAACCCAGCCCCAUUCCCUCCCCCGACCUCUCCGUCCAUCACAUCUCCCACAUCCCAAGGCUUUGCCAUGACCCAGCCUCUCAAUGUCGGUAUGCGGCGCGAGGACUCGACUGCAAAGCGCAACCCUUUCGCCGACCUCUUCGACACUGAAAAGAUCUACGUCGAUCAGCUCACUCUCGUCAUCCGGAGGGUAGCCGCAGCAUGGUCGCGACGUAACUUGCCCCCGCCCAAGCUCGACGGCAUGUUCCGCUGCAUCGAAGCAGUGUACCGUGCCAACCGCGCAUUCGGUGUCCGUUUGAAGGAGAUUGGAGCCAACCCAUCGGACCCCAAGGCUCUUGGCGAUCUGCUUAUGAGAUGGAUUGACGACCUCGAGCCAUCUUACAGCCGCUAUGCCACCAUCUUCCUCACCGGCUUUGACAAUUAUGGCCCCGUGUCGUCCAACCCGCUCCUCCCACCAAUUCUCGAAGAGGUGUCCGUCACGUCUCCCCCGACACCCCCGCUGCAGCACUGGUCUCUGGACGCACUCUUCCUCCUCCCGUACAACCGCCUCCGGUAUUACCGGAAGCUCUAUUCGCGGUUAUUACAGAACACGACGGAGGGCCGCAGUGACUACCGGCUUCUCGACGCAUGUGUCAACCGCCUCGAGACGCUUGUGGACGACGUCGAGGCGCGCCUCGAGUACGACGUAUCGGAGGAAGACGCACCUUUCUCGGCGGGCGCCGACGACCAGAGCAGCGAACCCAGCUGGCCCAACGAGAAGAACACGGCCGCGGUAAGCAGGACAAGCUCCGGCGUCGACAGCUCGGUUGAGACACAUUCGGUCCUCUCAUCGUUCAACUCGCGCAUGGACAGCACACGAAACUCGCAAACAUCUGCUGGUACGAGCAUUACGCACUCUCCAGGCCAUCCCCCCAAAGUUGUGCCGCCUCUCAACACGUCCAUGCCACCAAUUUCAGAUCUAGAGCUCCGCAUUGACUGCGACCGCACGAUCGACCUGUUCACGAUGCAGCCGAGGAAAUGCAAACUACACAUGAACUCCCCCGGCCUCGCCUACCAGCGCCAGGUCCGUUCUUCCCAUGAUGUUGUGAUCUAUUUUACUCCGUCGUCGACUGGGCAGCAAAUCGUGCACCGUAGAGCGCAUUUGUUCAUCCUCACCGACCUGUUCCUCAUCACCGACCGAAUGGAGGCCAGCGAGAAGGCCGCUAUGGCUCAGCGCGUCGCCACCCAGCAGCCUGACCGCCUUGGUGAGGGCUCACCAAUGCCCGAGAUGUGGUUGGCGUACCCGCCCCUGGCUGGCAAGCACCUCUCGAUCGUGGAGGGCGAGCAGAGCAAUGUGGUUGCUGUCACUGUCAUGCGCAAGGAGACAUUUGUGAUCCACGCCGAGUCGGAGAUUGAGCGUGACCAGAUCAUGAAGAGCGUCUCCGAGUGCAUCGAGUUCGCCACGUACUCGUCAUCCCAGCGCGUCACUCCCCUGCCGUCGCCUAUGCCUUCCCCCAUCGACGGCACUGUGCGCUCGCCGGUCUCGACAACCGGUUCCAUGCGCUAUCCCAGCCCGAUGUCGGGACAGGCAACAGAGGUACCAACUCUCACCGUGCCGAUGAGCAAUCUGCAGCUUGAGCCUGGCCAGACAAUUCCGAGCCCCGUUGGCAAGCAGCAGCUCGAGCCCGGGCAGACGACCAACUGGAACCAGCCACCUUCCGCGAUGGCGCAGCCGAGGAAUGUAGGCGCGCCUCUUCCUCCGCGCAAGACGAGCCUGAGGCAAGGGACAUCAUCUGCAAGCGGUCCGCCACUCUCUCCGACUGGACCUCUGGGAGCACCUGGGAUGGCCAUGUCCCCGGUGAUGGGACAGGGUAUACCAUCGCCGGUGAUGGGACAGGGCAUGCCGUCGCCAAUGAUGGGGCAGGGCAUGCCGUCGCCGAUGAUGGCGCGGGGCAUGCCGUCGCCAAUGCCAUCGCCAAUGUCACCCGCCUCGGAACAUGGCAUGCACGACCGGUACGCGGCUCAACGCAAUGUCUCUGGCCGCUCGUACCACUCGAACACGUCGACGCAAUCUGACUUUUCUCAGCAAUCGUCGCCUGCGCAUCUCGGCGUUCAUUCUGGAUUCCCGGCAAACCUCCGCCAACCCAGUCCCCAGAUGGCCAGACAGGCGUUCGGACCCGGCCCUAUGGGACCUGGCGCCAUGCGGAACGAUCUGCCCCCACUUCCACAGCAAGACGGUGGCUACAACAUGGAGAACGGCUACUUCCCGCCCGAACGCCAGUCGUUCCCCAACCCCCCGAUGGACCGGCAUGCGAGCCUUGGCAUCCCCCCGCCUCAGCGGGCGCGCUCUGCGGAGCCGUCCAAUGAGCUGGACGACUUGCGCCCGCCUGACAAACCGUCUCUCCGUUUCGGUGCGCUGAGAUCCGAGUCUCCUGCGCCGGGCUUGGGCCAGCCUGACGCCGAUUCGCCGCCCCCGUCACCCACGCAGGAGGAGGCGCCACGAAUCCGCGGACCCACGACCAUCACGGCCCAGAUGAAGUGCAAGAUCUUCCUUCAGCAGGGCCACCAGCAGUGGAAGUCGCUUGGGCACGGCAAGCUCAAGCUCUACGUCGAAAAGGAGCGCAACCUCAAGCAGCUUGUCGUCGACUCGGACAAGUCGUCGACACUCAUCUCCACUAUUGUUCUUACGGACGGCGUCGAACGCGUCGGCCGCACCGGUGUCGCCGUUGAGAUCUCGGACGCGGGCCAGCACACCGGUGUCAUCUACAUGAUCCAGCUGCGCAACGAGUCCUCGGCGCGCGGCCUUCACGACCAGCUCCUCGCCGGCUCUGACCCGCCAAAUCCUUAG